UCCUCCAGUCCAGAACCAACUCACUUCACUCCAUUUCAUUCUGGGUAUCAUGAAUCAGACUGAGGCUCGGAAAGCUUGCAGAGAAAAAUACACUGACCUCGUCACUGUGUACUCUGAUGAAGACAACACUAAACUGUAUAAACGGGUGACAGACCGUAAAAACAGGCUGGAUCAGACUGGCUGGAUCGGACUCUAUCGCAGUAAUUUCAGUGAGAAAUGGUCUAAUGGUGAUCCUGUAACAUUCAGAAAUCUGACAGGAGAUUGUGGGACAUCGAGCUACUGUGUUGUUAUGAAGGCUGAUGGUUCAUGGGAAAGUCUUCAGUGCACAUUAGCAAGAUAUUUCAUGUGCUAUGAACAAGAUGUGUCCUUACAGACAUUUAAUUAUCAUCUAAUCCUUGAGAGUAAGACCUGGUAUGAAGCUCAGCAUUACUGUAGACAGAACUACACUGACCUGGUCAGUAUCAGAGAUCAGCAGCACAAUGAAGAGGUGUGGAUUAUAGGGUUAAACAGCAGCACACCCUUCUGGAUCGGCCUGCUGUGUGAUGACUGGCAGUGGAUUGAUGGAGGAAUCUCUACCUACAGAAACUGGGAUAGCAAUCAUCCUAUACCACAAGAUAACUGUGUAGCGGUGAGAGGAGGGAGAUGGUACUCACUCCCGUGCAGUAAUUAUCUCUCUGCUUUGUGCUACUACUACAGUAAGUGUCGACUUCCUGAAGAGUAAAAUCAUCUCAUCAAUCUUCUGUAUGAUGACUAGAACACAGCUGGUGUGAGUCUCUGAUAUCACUCUAAACAAUCCUCCUCCUUUUGGUGUUUUGUGUCUCUAUCAGAUUACAUCCAUGUGAGUGAAGAAGCUCUGAGCUGGGAGGAAGCGCUGGAUUACUGUGAUAAAGAGAACAGAACUGGAAUUCUGAUCAUCGAUUCUCAAGCUGAACAGGAAAGGUUAGAGUCUGAGCUCAUGAGGAGACGUGUCCCUCCAGGGUCUCUGUGGGUGGGGCUUGGACUAAACCGUCUCUCUGAGCUGAAGGUGUCGUCUGGUCCGCUGACCUGCCAGGACAUACAGAGACAAAGUGAAGCUGACACACACACUGCAGGAGCAGCACCAGAUUAUGUGAUGGACUCCACUGAACUUCGAGUCGUGUGUAAACUGAAGUAAAACAUUUUCCUCAAUGCUGCAAGAACAGAGCACUGCACAGUUUAGAGUUUUCCAGCACAAACUCACCUGAACACAAACUCACCUGAACACUUCAUUAUGCAUUUGUUCACUAGUUGAUGAGCUGAAUCACAGAGCAGGAAAAAGCCUGAAGUGAGCAGGAAGUGUUCACACACUCAGAGCUUCACACAUCAAUUGGCCUUCACAAGAAUAUUUAGAAUAUAUAUUUCAUGCUGUUAAUGCUUCUCUAAAUUCUUGUUUAAGAUAAAAUUUAUUAUACUUUCUUUUCUUUUAUCAUAUCAAUAAUAAGAAACUGUAAUUUUA